CACUCAUCAACGGAUCAAAGUUGGAACAUCCAUUCCACGACCGACGUCGUUGACAGUACGCAUACAUGUUAGUCAGCAGCCGUCAGACGCGAUGCUGGUCGAGCUGUUUGUGGCUGUCGUUUUGACAACUUCAGCUCACUGUGUGAAAACUCAAAAAGGGAAAAACUUCCUUCUCCCAUUCUUGAACACAACUGGAUCAGCACGAUUGAUGUUCAUAACAGAUAAACCAACAAAUAUACACAUAGAGCCCAGUACACAAGGACCCCCUGUUCUCUCUCUAGAAGCCAACGAGGUACACAACGUGUACGUCAGUGUAAACGAUGUUGGGUACACUGGAUCUGCCUCGCUGUCCAGUCAGCAUAAAGCAGUGACCAUCACUGCCAGUGAAGACGUAUGGCUGUAUGUGUUUCUCACAGACGCUGCCGGUUACAACGACACUGGCGGUUUUAUGGCCGUCCCGACCGACGUCCUCACAGCCACAUACACUGCAGUUACUUACAAGAGAAACGACGUCAGUCCGUACAACAACUUCAUUCUGGUAGCAGCCGUUGAAGACAAUACCACGGUGGCAAUGAACGUCAAGCAUGGUUCUAUGUGUGUGUCUGCAAAUGUGUCUGACGGGGACAUCGUGCUCAUCGCCCUGAACAGAAGCGAUGUCAUUGGUUUGCUUUGCAGAGAUGACAUCACGGGUACCGUCAUCCAAAGCGACAAGAAGGUGGCUGUAGUAACUGGACACGAAUGUGCUAUGGUACCUGGCGCGGCAAAUAAGUGCAAUCUUCUUGUUGAAAUGAUGAUUCCUGUUGAAAGUUUUGGUGAAACAUUCGUCCUCUCUGCACCCAACAUCACCGGCGGAGUCAUCUACAGAAUCGUUGCAUCGCACGACAGCACCCUAAUUAGCGACAGCUCCGGGGUCAUAUCUACACUGAACGAAGGGGAGUUUGUAGAUGUUGAUCUCAAUACUUCUUCCAAUGAACGUUGCAUAGAAACAUCUCAGCCAUGUAUCGUGGUUGUCAUCAACAAGUGUGCAUACCCGUCCUCAAACAACAACGACAUCAACAAAGGCAGUGGCAUGUCUAUUGUCCCUUCGACGGACAGGUAUUUGGACAACUACAUCAUCAAUUUCGUGGAUGCCUUCGACGAGACGAACAUCAUCUCGGUCGUUUACAACAAUCCUACCACAACCAACGUGACAAACGCUAGCAGAUGUGAUUUCGAGAUGAUGACGUUAAAGGUUGACGAAUGGAGCCAAAUGGACUACAUCAACAGUUCGGGAUUAAAGGGGGUAAUACUUUACAGACAGUCUGAAGAUAAAAUGGACAUGGCUAGUUUCCCACUUGGAAUGAUCUUUGAUAAAGAUGAGUGUGUCAGCAUCCCCUGCUACAACAACGCGACCUGCGACGACCUCAUCUACGAUUUCACAUGCAUCUGCCAGCCCGGAUUCAACGGUACUCUGUGUGAAAUAGACAUCGACGAGUGUUUGAGCAGCCCCUGUCAGAACAAUGCCACGUGUCAUGACAACGUUAACAGAUUUGACUGCGAGUGCCGCAUGGGCUUCAAUGGAACACUCUGUGAAACAGACAUAGACGAAUGUGCAAGUUCCCCAUGUCAAAACAACGCAACUUGCAGGGACGAAGUCAACGGGUUUAUCUGCGACUGUCAAAUGGGUUUCAACGGAAGUGUUUGCGAAGAAGACAUAGACGAAUGUGCAAGUUCCCCAUGUCAAAACAACGCAACUUGCAGGGACGACGUAAACGGAUUCAUCUGCGACUGCCAAAUGGGUUUCAACGGAGAUGUUUGCGAAGAAGACAUCGACGAGUGUUUGAGCAGCCCCUGUCAGAACAAUGCCACGUGUCAUGACAACGUCAACACAUUUGACUGCGAGUGCCACAUUGGCUUCAAUGGAACACUCUGUGAAACAGACAUAGACGAAUGUGCAAGUUCCCCAUGUCGAAACAACGCAACUUGCAGGGACGACAUCAACGGGUUUAUCUGCGACUGUCAACUGGGUUUCAACGGAAGUGUUUGCGAAGAAGACAUAGACGAAUUCGAAUGUGCAAGUUCCCCAUGUCAAAACAACGCAACUUGCAGGAACGACAUCAAUGGGUUUAUCUGCGACUGCCAGAUGGGUUUCAACGGAGAUGUUUGCGAAGAAGACAUUGACGAGUGUCUAAGCGGACCGUGUGGGAACAACGCCACCUGCUUCGACAUGGUCAAUGGGUUCGAGUGUCUGUGCUCCCAAGGCUUCAGUGGAGGUCUUUGUGAAACAGACAUCGACGAGUGCCUGACGACUACAUGUGAAAAUGGCGGGACAUGUGAGGACCUACCUGGAUACUUCCUGUGUCACUGCAAACCGGAUUUCCACGGAGUUACAUGCGAACACAACGGCUACAGCUACGUGUUUACUCGUCUGCUCGACGUGGACGACACUCUGAUGACAUCAUCGGGGGUAACAGUAGUUGCAACACCCCUAGCCACUAACAUCCGGUUCAAGACCACCUACACCACCCCGCUAGCCAUGUACAGCACGCCGGGUGCAGAUUCGGAAAUAGACUGUGUAUGUACCCGUUACGGCAACGACAUCCAACCGGAAGUAGACCCGGAAGUUCUGACAGACAAGAUCAAGAACGACCUUCUACUGGACACGUCCAACUUGACCAAGACGGUGAACAGGUAUCUCUCAAGUGAGGAUGACCGCCCUUCGGCAAAGGGUCUGGGGAGUGUGGGGUGUAUGAUCAUCAUCUUCAGCAUCAUGCUCAUCGUGGUGCCCGAUGUUCUGUAUGUGCUGAGGAAGCUGGAUGGCAACAGAGGGACAAGACCGGAGAAGAAGGCUUGAUCUGGGGUACAUCAAGCACACAGUCUCGUCCCUCCAUGUAGCCGCGUAAACUCGCAGCCUGGCGCCCAGUCACUUGUUUGCCAUAGAAAUACUGUAUAUAUGUGGCAUUCUGCGUAUCCGUAUAGAGAAACUCCAUCUGCACAUAUAUGAACGACAUGUAUCAUAUUAAGUUGUUUUCAAAAGAAAGUAUACACUUGAAUAUUGGAUAACUUCCUGUUGUUGACCUUGGUUAUGUGAGUCUUUUUUGUGGGUGAGUCCAGGUUACAGUUGCUGGUAGUCUGGAUCUGUCCGAGGCAACACUUGCUUGAUAACGGUGUAAGAACCUACACCGAAACGCCCCUCUUAGUUGAAAUAAAGAAGUUGUUCAUCCAUAUAUGCUUACCCUUACUUUGAACAUUGGAUUUGGACAAAACAUGACAAAUGUUAUCAAUACUUUCUAGGCUGAAAACACUGGCCGAAACAUUGCAAAUGUAUAAGGUCCAAAACACAAAUGUGAUACCUGUUUUAAAUACAUCAUCUUCGAAUAACCAUUUUUUUGGUUGUUAUAUUUUCAGCCACUAUCAGACAUGAGUGUAUAUUUUCUUUUGCCAGGCAGUUUACUUUGAUACCAAAAUAAUAUAGUUCAACAUGUUAUCCCGCCGUCGUUUGUAAACUAUAUGUUUGUAUUAAAAGUGUUUUGCAAAGAUACGGUUUUCACUGUCAAGUAACGGGCAAUUGUACAGUCAAGUUUGGGUGCCACGCCAACGAGCGCCUGGUUACAGCUCCAGGUAAGAAAGUAUACCACACACAGUUUGGAUAAGACCAAGUCUCACACGAGGUCACAUGAUGCGAUGUACACCCUUCGUAUUAUUUUUAAACAGACCAAGUACCUGGUAAAGUGCAACG